AUGAGCAGCCUUACGACAGAACAGCUCCAGCAGCUCAAGGGCGACGUGCGGAAACAGGUGUGGGAGAAGCUGAGACCCGUGGCGUACCCGGACUCCCGCUUCCACUGGGACUUUGCCGAGUUCAUCGCCGACUUUGAGGGCUCGGACACGUCCACGGCGCUGAUCCUGGCCAGCGACUUCUUCCGGGACGCAGUCAGCGGCGCCUGCGGCGGAGCCGCCUCCAGGCGCCUGCUCUUUGUCACCCCCGACAACUGCCUCGAGGCCCUCCGCUACGAGCUCCUCACCAGAAACAUCCCCUUUCUCACCACCACCUACGGCAUCAAGCGUGGCUUCUUCCUCCUCGACCCGGCCAAGAUCGACGCCUCGCUCUACCGCUACGCCGCCACCCUCGACGGCAUGGAGAGGGCCGGCACACACGUGUGUCUCGCAGAUCUCCAGCGCAUGAACGUCUUCGUGCCCCUCAUGUUCACCGGCACCGGCGCCAUCAACGACAGAGGCGUCCGCUUCGGCAAGGGCCACGGCUACUUCGACCUCGAGUGGGCCAUGCUCUCCACCAUUCGCUGCAUCGACCCCGCCUCCACCCACUGCGUCGCCGUCGUCCACGACGUCCAGCUCCUUGAGGGCGUCGAACUCAAGCCAGAGGUGUUUGACACCGUCUGCGACUACAUCGUCACCAACACCCGUGUCCUCGCCGUCGAGGACGCCCGCAAACCAAGCUGCGGUGUCCUCUGGGACGCCCUGGCGCCAGGUAUGCUCGAGGACAUUGAGCCCUUGGCAGAGCUCCGCCACAUGGGCCUUUGA